AUGGCGGCUGGGACCAGGGCAGGCCGUGGGCGGAUGGAGACCGGCGCAGAGGUCCAUGGGAAGCAGCGCCGGCAGGGCGUGGUGAUUGGUCGAGCGUGGGGGCGGGGCGAGGAGGGGGCGGAGUCUGGGGCCCUUUUUCAGAGGGCGAGCGGAGGCGAGGCCCGCGCAGGCGCUCUGGGCUCCCGCUGCACUCCGGGCCUCGCUCCGCCAGAGUUUUUACUUCCUCGUCUUCCGAGCUGUAUCCGGGUCGCUGCGUCCCCCAUUGUCUCAGUGGAUCGCAGCUCCAAGAGGAGGCAGGUGAAGCCGUUGGCAGCUUCUCUGCUUGAAGCUCUCGAUUAUGAUAGUUCAGAUGACAGUGAUUUUAAAGUUGGAGAUGCCUCAGAUUCUGAAGGGAGUGGUAAUGGAAGUGAAGACCCCUCAAAGGACAGUGGAGAAGGCUCCUGUAGUGAUUCUGAAGAGAAUAUUUUAGAGGAAGAACUGAGUGAAGAUGUUAAAGUCAAAGAAGAGCCAGUUAAAAACCCUGCAGAGGAAGACGCACUGUCGUCAGAGAAACAGCUAACGAAAGCGGAGAGGAAGGAAGAAGAGAGCGGAGAAAGGCCGCGCAAGAAGAAGGAGCGGGAGCGGGAGAGAGAGAAGGAGGGAGACAAGGGCGAGGGGGAGAAGGAAGCGGCCGCCGCCCCUCCCGCGGUCAGCGCGUCGCCCUCGGGCCCCCCCACGGCCGCGGAGGAGCAAGUCAGUGAGCCCAAGAAGUGGAACCUGCGCCGAAACCGGCCGCUUCUGGAUUUCGUGUCCAUGGAAGAGCUGAACGACAUGGACGACUACGACAGCGAGGACGACAAUGACUGGCGGCCCACGGUGGUGAAGAGAAAGGGAAGAGCUGCCUCUCAGAAGGAGGGCAGCGACGGGGACAACGAGGACGAGGAGGAGGAGGGCAGCGGCAGCGACGAGGAGGAGCACGAGGGCCCCGAGGAGGGCCGCGGCAGCCCGGCCAGCGAGGGCGGCCGGAAGAGGCGGGGCAAGGCGCCCAGCCGGAACUGCGCCGACGACGAGGAACUGACCAAUGAUAGCCUCGCCCUAUCUCAGAGCAAGAGCAACGAGGACUCGCUGAUUCUUGAGAAGAGUCAAAACUGGAGUUCUCAAAAAAUGGACCAUAUUCUGAUUUGCUGUGUUUGUCUUGGAGAUAAUAGCGAAGACGCUGAUGAAAUAAUUCAGUGUGACAAUUGUGGUAUUACAGUCCAUGAAGGUUGCUAUGGAGUUGAUGGAGAGAGUGACUCUAUUAUGAGUUCAGCUUCUGAAAACUCCACUGAACCAUGGUUUUGUGAUGCCUGUAAAUGUGGUGUUUCCCCCAGCUGUGAACUGUGUCCCAAUCAGGAUGGGAUUUUCAAGGAGACAGAUGCUGGAAGAUGGGUUCACAUUGUUUGUGCCCUGUAUGUUCCUGGAGUAGCAUUUGGAGAUAUUGACAAAUUACGACCAGUAACUCUAACUGAAAUGAACUAUUCCAAAUACGGUGCCAAGGAGUGUAGCUUCUGUGAAGACCCUCGUUUUGCUAGAACUGGAGUUUGCAUUAGCUGUGAUGCAGGGAUGUGCAGAGCCUAUUUCCACGUGACAUGCGCCCAGAAGGAAGGUCUGCUUUCAGAGGCAGCAGCAGAAGAGGAUAUAGCAGAUCCAUUUUUUGCUUAUUGUAAGCAACAUGCAGAUAGGUUGGACAGAAAGUGGAAGAGAAAAAACUACUUGGCUCUACAGUCCUAUUGUAAAAUGUCUCUACAAGAAAGAGAGAAGCAGCUAUCACCAGAAGCACAGGCAAGGAUCAAUGCCCGGCUUCAGCAGUAUCGUGCCAAAGCAGAACUAGCCCGAUCCACCAGACCCCAGGCCUGGGUUCCAAGGGAAAAAUUGCCCAGACCACUCACUAGCAGUGCUUCAGCCAUUCGUAAACUGAUGCGGAAAGCAGAACUAAUGGGGAUCAGUACAGAUAUCUUCCCAGUGGACAAUUCAGAUACUAGUUCUAGUGUGGAUGGAAGGAGAAAGCACAAGCAACCUGCUCUCACUGCUGAUUUUGUGAAUUAUUAUUUUGAGAGGAAUAUGCGCAUGAUUCAAAUUCAGGAAAAUAUGGCUGAACAAAAAAAUAUAAAGGAUAAAUUAGAGAAUGAACAAGAAAAGCUUCACGUGGAAUAUAAUAAGCUAUGUGAAUCUUUAGAAGAACUACAAAACCUGAAUGGGAAACUUCGAAGUGAAGGGCAAGGAAUAUGGGCCUUGUUAGGCAGAAUCACAGGGCAGAAGUUGAACAUACCGGCAAUUUUGCGAGCACCCAAGGAGCGCAAACCAAGUAAGAAAGAAGGAGGCACACAAAAGACAUCUGCUCUUCCUACAGUACUUUAUAGUUGUGGAAUUUGUAAAAAGAACCAUGAUCAGCAUCUUCUUUUAUUGUGUGAUACCUGUAAACUCCAUUACCAUCUUGGGUGUCUGGACCCUCCUCUUACACGGAUGCCACGAAAGACCAAAAACAGUUAUUGGCAGUGUUCAGAAUGUGACCAGGCUGGGAGCAGUGAUAUGGAAGCAGAGAUGGCCAUGGAAACCUUACCAGACGGGACCAAACGAUCAAGGAGGCAGAUUAAGGAACCAGUGAAAUUUGUUCCACAGGACAUGCCUCCAGAACCCAAGAAGAUUCCAAUAAGAAACACGAGAACCAGAGGACGAAAACGAAGUUUCAUUCCUGAUGAAGAAAAACAUGAGGAAAGAGUUCCUAGAGAGAGGAGACAGAGGCAGUCUGUGUUACAAAAGAAACCCAAGGCUGAAGAUUUACGAACUGAAUGUGCAACUUGCAAGGGAACUGGAGACAAUGAAAAUCUUGUCAGGUGUGAUGAAUGCAGACUGUGCUACCAUUUUGGCUGUCUGGAUCCUCCUUUGAAAAAGUCUCCUAAACAAACAGGCUAUGGGUGGAUAUGUCAGGAAUGCGAUUCUUCAUCUUCUAAGGAAGAUGAAAAUGAAGCUGAAAGAAAAAAUAUAUCUCAGGAGCUCAGCAUGGAACAGAAAAAUCCAAAGAAAUAAAGGAUUUUCUGUAGUGUUUUGAAAAGUUUGCAACUUAUGUAGUAGCAGAUAAAAUUUCUAAUUGUAAAAUGUUAAAUUGUAAAAUCUUAAUCUGCAAAAUGUUCUGAAUAAAGUUGUUGAAAAUGAAA